CUCAUGGAGACCACAGACCUUGAACCUGAGCCCGAGGAGGUCCAGUUCACGGACACGUCCUACACCAGCGCGUCCUUCGAGUCCCUUCCACCACCUCCCCCUGAAGAACCGAAAAAGAAAAAGAAAGGAAAAGGGAAGAAAGUCAGUGAGGUGCAUAUUAUAAAGGAUACCAGUGAACUGUUUCAAUGGUCUGAAGAAUCUAUAGCUGAGGAACAGCCGAAGGUUAUUGAAGAAGAAGAAGCCCCCAAAAAGAAGAAGGGGAAGAAGGGAAAGAAGGAAAAAGAAAAGGAGGAAAUACCAGAGUUUGAAAAGCCAAAGAACUGGAAGAAAAUGAACAGAAAAGAAAGAGAGGCAUGGAUGGUGCAGAGGAUAGAAGACUGGAGGGCGGAGAAGGAGGCGGAGAAACAAGCAAUCCUGGCGGGUGCUAAGGAGAAGCGGGCGGCCGCUGCCAGGGAGCGGGCCGAGCUGAUGGCGAAGGACAAUGAGGAGCAGGAGAUCAGGAGAGACAUACUCCAGAAGGCUUGCAACUUGUUCCGCAAAUUCGAAAUGCAGAAAUUCGAAUACCUCAACAAGAAACAGUUGGAUGCAGAGUGGCAACAAUACCUCCGCUGUGACGGCCUUCCGGACGCCCGGGUGGUCACCCAGAUGAACACGUACCUCCACAUUUGGCAGAACCAGGGGAAGUGUGAUGAUAACGAGCUGGAGAAGCGGUGCGUUGAGGCUCUGCCGAUGCUGGAAAUGUUAGAAGAAUUCGUCGCUAACUCGCGACAGUAUACGGCUUUGCAAGCACAGGGCUACAAUGAGGUACGUUUAGCGCUCAGGGAGCAGCUGUCACUAGCCAUACAACUAGCAUCGUACACCAUACUGAGAAAUAUGGAGAAAAGCCUCAAGUUCCACUCAAUCAAGCUGGCGACAUACGAGAGGGAGUUCAAAGGAUUGAGGCUGAACAUCUGGGUGGCGGUGAGAAUGCCUACGAGGAAACCGAAGCCGGUUGAACCUGAACCGGAACCAGUGGAACUGACCUUCCCAGCCAUCCACGUGUCAGUGAAGCUGCCCAAGAUAAUAGACGGCAGUUGUGUGUGCGUACGCGCAGCUCGCUCCAUGCUGGACCUGCACAGUGAGAGCUCGAGGACCUUCGCCCUGGCAGCUGAACUGCCAAACAGAUUCGAAGAUUUGUUUAUAUUCAACGUUAAAGAGCACGUGGCCACGUAUAAACUGAAGAAGGAACAAGACGAAACAAGAAGUAAAUUCUUUGCCGAGAUCAGAGUCAAGGUCAGGGAGUUGGAGAACUUCCUCAAAUCGAACCCGUACACGAAGAAUGAAAAGGAGAAAGAAGAUUUGGACAAUCUGAACAUGAUGGAGCCUCAAAAUCUACCAGAUCCUAGAACACACAUCGCGGAGCAAAAUGAAUUGGCCAUGACGAAAUAUCUGAAAACUUGCAUGACGCGAACGAGAGCUGGUGAAAUAAACCUCAGGAAAUACAGGAUAUGCGGAGGAGUUCUCUACUUAGAUUUGCUGAUGACGCCGCCUCAGCCGAAACGACUCAGAGGAGAUAUAAUUCUUACAACAUUACAACUGCCCAAAGUCCUUCAGCCAAUGAAGUACCAAGUCCAGUACCGGGCCCCGGGUCCGCCCCCCGUGGGGGUCACCAGGACCCCGGAGGAGAUCGAGGCAGAGAUCAAGAAAAUGGAAGCGGAGUAUGAGAAACUGGCUCUGGUAUUCAUUGAGCUCCCCCAAGACGUGAUGUGGUCGGAACCGCCCGUAGUAUGCCAGUGGCAGGAUCCGAGAAAACUCUGGACAAGCAACUAUAUCAACGACUUGAAGUAUAAUGAAGACAAGUUCACAAUUCAGUUCAGGACUGGGGUGCUUUGGCCGAUCGGUAUAGCUACAUUGAGGUAUAGCAACCUGCCCUAUCAAAGUUGGGAUGUUAAACCGGAUACCCACAGCAAAGGAGUAAUAAUAACGGUCACAGGAGCAUGCGUCACAAUCACGUGGCUCUGUCUAGCCAACACGGUCCGGCUGAAGUGGAUAGCGAACGCCACCACCAACGCCUUAAAGGAACACUAUAAUAAGCCUUACAGCGUGAAGAAGAUGAUGCAGAUCAUGCGGGAGGCGGCCUGCGAUUUCUUCCCUGACUUCGACGCCUACAACCACAUCGAGGGCAGCUGCCCCAAGGAGUGGGCGGCCGAGAGGCACAACUACCACGCCAUGGCGUUUCUGUCCAGGGCCUACAACUUCCAGUGGAGCAGAUGGAACGCCACAGCUGGGAGUCGAACUAUCAUCAUGCAGUUGCGCGAAGCGGUGGACAAGAAACGAGAAAGCAAACUUCAGCUUUUGUACGUGACUCCACAGAAGGCUACCAUCCUAAAAUGUAAUGAGAUGGUGCAGGAACUGUCCUUACAACCUAUGAUGGGGUUAGGAUUCUAUCCCGACUUGUUCACGCUGAACAUGUCAUACGGUUCAGUGGACGCGCGCCGAGCGACUUUCAACAUGAAAUAUAGACUUGUGGAGACCGUUUUCGAUAUGCUACAGGAGUUAAAGUUGUCCAGUUUUUCUUAAGAUAAAUAAUAUAAAGAAAAUUGAAAAUGACAUAAAAAAUGGCAUAAUUAAAGGCGGCUUACGUACAUAUAUAUUGCGGAGAAGACAGAGCCAACAGUCUUGAAAAGUCUAACAGGCCACGUUCGGCGGUAUGGCUUAUUAAUGAUAAAUUUGAGAUUAAAAUAGUGAGUUUGCCACCCCAUCGCCUACAAGAAGAAUCCCAAGUUUAUAAGCCAUUGCCAAGGAAUGUGAAAAAAAUGAAGACACAAAAAAGAAUGGCACAGGUAAAGACAAAAAAAAAUCGAUAAAGAUUUUUGGGAAUUCUUCCUUUCAGAAAUGAAAGGUUAAAAAUCUCAAAAAUAUGUUAAUGUCAAUUGAAAAGUGAAGAAGACUUUUAUUUGAAGAUGUAAUGUUUUAACGCAAAAUAAAAAACUGCAAACGUAAAUUUGACAAUGUGGGACAGGUUGUUAACGUAUGAUGAGUUGCCACAAGCAAAUGGAGUGACAUAGGAAUUAUUACUCAACUGUAAAUAUGUAUUUGAAGAAGAGAUUAUUUGUUCUAAAUUUCUGUAUAUUUCUUCAAGUUUCCAUCAAAAUUUAAAUAAAGUGAAGAGAAAUAUAAGGGAUAUUUACUUAAAAUAAAACACGGGAAUGUAUACUAUAAACAAAUUCUAUUUAUUUAAUGGAUAAAAAAAA